ACAACUAGAGGGGGGAGGGGGAAAGAGAGGACUGAGCCCUGCCAUGCUUGUCACUGGGGAACAAUUCUACCGCCGUGGAGCCUGGGAGCCAGCCAAGCAGCUGGGACCGGAGGCUGCUUUGGAGACAGGCUUGUCAAACCCACCGGACCGGCUGGGAGAGGGAGCGAGGGGCCAGCCCCAAGAACUCAGGUUUCCGGGUGGGCAGAGCAGGCUCGGCAGAGAUGGGAGUUUGGGGAGCGAGUGAAUUGGGGCCGUCACAAAACAGUGGCAAGGGACGGGCGAGGGAAAGGGGGGAGAAAACCUCACUAAGGAGCGAGGGAAACCGCAGCGGGAGGGAGAAAAACAAAAGCCCUCGUGUGCCAACAAGCGACCCGCAAGGCUCCACUCGGCUUGUUUCCGAAACCUGUCGCCUUGCCCGAGAGAUCAGCCCGUAGCUCCCUCGGGGCUACGAUUCUUCGCACCACUCACACGUAAAAGUCCAGUUGGUGGCUCAUGCCUGGCUCCCCUUCCUCGGGCGUCUCUAGCUGAGCCCAGGUUUUCUAGAGGGAGGUUUAAAGUCCAUCUCUGUCUGCCUGGGGCAGUGAAAGGGGUCAGACAGUCCCUCUGACUGGGGGGGACAAUUCCACUUCGGAGAGUCCGACCUGUUCCCUUGUCCCCUCCAGUGUCAGUGAAGGAAGAGCCGGAACCGGAGGUGAGGAUGGUCAACGGGAAACCCAAAAAGAUCCGAAAGCCCAGAACCAUUUACUCCAGCUACCAGCUGGCGGCCCUGCAGCGGCGGUUCCAAAAGGCGCAGUACCUGGCGUUGCCGGAACGAGCAGAGCUGGCAGCCCAGCUGGGGCUGACUCAGACCCAGGUGAAAAUCUGGUUCCAGAACCGGAGAUCCAAGUUCAAGAAGCUCUACAAAAACGGCGAGGUGCCGCUGGAACACAGCCCCAACAACAGCGACUCCAUGGCCUGCAAUUCGCCUCCCUCGCCGGCCGUCUGGGACAGUAACUCUCACAGCAACCCCCCGGGCAGGAACCCGCUCUCCCAGCCGCUCCCCUACAGCCCCUCCCCAAGCUACAUGGAGGAGCACAACUCCUGGUACCACCAGAACCUCAGCGGGUCACAUCUGCAGCAUCAAGCGCUGCCCACGAACGCCAUGCACCACGCCUCGCCCGGGCCACCGCCCACCCCGGGGGCCGUGUACUGACCUCCAGCCCCCUCGCACCCGGGGAGCAAGAAAGGAAAGGGCCGCCGCCGUGGCCAGGGGGCUUGUUCCCAGGACAAAGGCAGACACGCACCAACACUGCAGCCUGUCUCUGGAGCAGCAGGGCAGCAGCAGGUUCAAAUGCCCGGCGGACGAUCCCCAAGUGAGGGAACCGUGGUGGCAGGUUGUGGGGGAGGGCUGGGGAAGAUGGCCUGGAUUUUCGUUUUUUCGGUGAAGAUUCAGAAUGGGCAAUUCCUUUUCACCUGACCCCACCUCCCACGAGGUCCCCCACACCUGCUGCACCCCCAGCCCCCCACGGCCGCCCAGGACCGUGCCUGGGAAGACUCUUCCGUGUGGAGCUCUCUGGCAGGGACUCGCCUCUCGCCUGGACAGAGGCCAAGACACUGCACAUCUCCAGCGUCCAAGAACAGCACAACUGGUUUUUUCACCUUCCUGGGCGAGCUGUUUGUGGGGUGUCUCCCUGAGGACUCUGGAAGCACAUCUCAGCUGGCAGGACUUCAAAAAAACCACUUGGCUCCCGCCGCAUCAGGGUGGGUUGUGUCUCUCCGCCCAAGGGAGCAAGAAGGAAACAAAUAUAAUUCUGCGUCUGCGUCCUCCCUCUCCUCCACCCUUGCGAGGGUCUGGCUGGAGCUGAAAGCACAAUUUAAGCUAAAAAAACCUCAGUGAGAGGUGCCACACUUUGUAGUGUUUUAAAGUCUCUCUGCUCGAAAUCAUUCAAGACAAAUCUUAGCUCUGUCUCUUGUACAGGACUGGACAGUCUAUAGACGGGACCAUUGUUAGAGAGGCCCAAGAGACUCAUAGUGGGGAAAGGCUAAAUUCUGAUCUCAUGUGCACCAGUUUAAAUCUCGCACUACACCAGAUCAACACCAGUGUUACUCCAGGUCUACAGAGGAGAAUUUUGGCUCUCUGUGUUCGAACAUCCGCUGGUGUAAACAGGAGUUCAACACUCUCAGUAGUGGCUGAGGGCCAGAUUCUGACCUGGGUCACACUGGUGUAAAUUCAGAGUUAUUCCAAGCUGAGAGGCAAAUUUUGCCCCUCCAGGCCAGACCGUCACCUGGGGUAACUCUUCAUUGGCAUUGGUGGGGGCCACACAGCUUUCUGCAAGUUGAGGUCUGACCUUCUGUUAAGAGUCUCAGAAAAUAAAUCGUGGUUAUUUUUUAAAAAAUGCAAAAAAAUAUUUAAAGUGUUUCGGGAAUGAUUUAAGUUAUUUUGAAAAAGAAAAUGACACUAUUAAUGGCUUAAGUUUUCUAACCGUGCUCUCCACAUGCCAGUUAAGCUAAUGUCAAAGUAGAUGCCUAUUUUUUGACAAAACAACCAUCAAAAGAAGAAAAAAAAGUUCUCAAUUUUUUAAAAUAGUAUUUUUUUAAAGCUGCAGUUUUAAGAAGUGUUCUCAUGUGCUGUACAGUCCCAAGAUUCCUAUUUAUGUUGCCUUGUACAAAUAAGGGGAGACGGGGGAAAGCGAAUUGUACAUAAGGUCUGUGUGUAUAAAGCGGAUCAAAGCAGAGUUUUCUUUAACCUGGCUGGGGGGGGGGGGAGAGUUCCCUUCAGCAUCAGGGCUUUGCUCCAACUUCCUUUCUGUUUUGUUAGGGGAGAAAACUGUAUAUAGAGUGUUAAUAAAAGUACUUUGAA